CCUCAUGACUGAUGCACUGUGGGAUUGCAGGAUAUUGACAUAGCAACCAGACGACAGAGAGGGACUCCUACUUUAUUUCUGCAUCUCUCAGUCUUUGUAGUCUGCAGUGAAACUCUGGCCCUGAGGUUAUUCUGCUGCCAUGAACGGGUCCGUGGUGAAGAAGACUCAGGACACUCUGGGCAAAGUGAUCAAGAAACCUCCUCUCACGGAGAAACUGCUCACCAAGCCGCCCUUCAGAUACUUACACGACAUCUUCAGUGAGAUUAUCAAGGCCACCGGCUUCAUGAAAGGCCUGUACGGAGAAAAUGAAUUGAAGUCUGAUAACGUUAAGGAUAAGGAUUCAAAGAUAGUCUUCCUCCAGAAAGCAAUAGAUGUGGUGAUGCUGGUGAGCGGUGAGCCCCUAGCAGCAAAACCAGCACGUAUCGUAGCCGGCCAUGAGCCAGAGAAAACCAAUGAGAUGCUGCAGGCCAUGGCCAAGUGUUGCCUCAAUAAGUUGUCAAGUGAAGAUGCAGUGAAGCGAGUGCUUGCAGGAGAAAAAGUGGACAUUAAAACCAAGGCCAGCACCUCCAGGUCCCAGGACAAGGAGAACAGGGAGGGACGUGAACGUCAUCCUGAGAGAGAGGAGAAGAAAAGGAUUACAGAGCGCAGUGGGAGCCGGGACCAGAAAGACCCAGACCAGCCCAAAGAGCAGGAUGGUCGACGCAGAGAUGGAGAGAAAGAACCCCACCGAGACAGAGAACGCUCCGACAAGCACCGCCGCAGUGAACCGGACCACCAAGGCAAAGAUCGAGACAAAGACAAGAGCCGUGACCGGGAUCGAGACAGGGAUAGAGACAAAGGACGAGUGAAAGACAGGGACAAGGAGAAAGACCGAGAGAGGGAUCGAGACAAGGAGAGAGACAAAGACAGAGAAAAGAGGAGAGAUAGAGAUUCUCACAGAGAUCAGGAAAGAGACAAAGACAAACGGAGAGACAGAGAUAAAGAGCGGGAGAAGGACAGAGAGCGGCACAAACAGGGGGAAGAGAGGAACAAAAAUGGAGAGAGCGACAAUAGCAAGGUCAGAGUGUCAGAGGAGCCACAACAAGGCGGCAUGGAUGAGCCCAGCAAGACAGCCAAACCUGUGCCAGCACCCAUAGAAGAAGGUGAUAACCAGUCUGAUAGUCCAGCUAGAAUACCUCGGCCUUCAUCUGCUAAAGGGCAGAGGAGGAGACCAAAGAUUGGAAGUCAAGAUGAGUCUGACAGUGAAGGAGAAGGAGAUGCUCAGUUAUCCCAGAGACCUGUUCCACUGGAAAAUGGAGACACUGCCGGUGCCUCAUCAGAUAUUGCCUCAAGGAGAAUACCACGGCCCGGCAGUGCUCGUCCAGCUCCCCCUCGCGUUAAGAGACAAGAGAGCUCCACUGAUGUGACUCCAGCUGAGAGGCUGUCCAGUGCCAAGCCCUCAGCACCAGUCAUCAUGGAUGGGAAGAAGCUAUCUGAGGAUGAAGAGGAUGACGAUGAGCAAUUUGUGGUGGAGGAGGCGGCUCAACUGCCCUCUGAUGUUCCUGAGAUGGACGCGGAUCCUGCCCAAGAACUCAACAGUGAAGACAAACACGGUGGCCUUGUGAAAAAGAUACUUGAAACCAAAAAAGACUUUGAAUCAUCACCAUCCUCCCCCAAAUCCAAAGAACAGAACGUGGUGUCUGAAGCAGCUCGGAAGAAAGAGCGGGACCUGGUGUCGCGGGAGAUAGAGCGGCUCCGCUCAUCCAUCCAGACAGUGUGCAGGAGCACCCUGCCUCUGGGUAAGAUCAUGGACUACAUACAGGAGGACAUGGACGCCAUGCAGGCUGAGCUGAACACCUGGCGGCGGGAGAACAAAGAACACGUGCAGGCCUUGCUGCAAGAGCAAAGCUCGACAGACAGGGCAGUGGAGCCUCUAAAGGCAGAACUCUCUGAGCUGGAUCAGCUGAUCAAGGACCAGCAGGACAAGAUCUGUGCUGUGAAAGCCAACAUACUGAAAAAUGAAGAGAAGAUCCAAAAAAUGGUGACUGGAAUCAACUUCUCUUCCAAAACCUGAAGUGAGAAACAAGGUCUCUGACAAAAGAAAAGCUUAUAAAAAAUGCACUGAAGAUUUAGGAGUGAACGGUUUCUCAUCCGUAAUAAAUCAAAGAACAUUUGUUGUCAGAGACGAUGGGACCAAACACAGCACUUUUAGGGGUUUUGUUAGAGGUGGACUCCAAAACAUAUCAGACAUGCUCAUUCAAGUGAUGUUGAUCCCUAUCUAGCAUCAGUCAUGAAUGAGAAAUGAAAAAAUACCUUCCUGCUCCGCACACUUACUUUAACCCUUCCUUUUCUGUAAUGGUGCCUUUGUGGAAUGAGCCGGUGAGCAGCCCCUCACUUGAAUGUUAAACUAGAUAGUUCUAUUUAAUACUGUGUCAGUUCAUAAAAAAAUGACUACAUGAAGGUCUAUUUUGCUGUACGCCCAGCAUCCACUGGACCAAAUGUUACAACCACCGUCUCGGUUUUACUUGUUAAUCUAAAGGAAGUUUAUAUCAUUUGUUUUAAUUGCCUCACUUCUUAUUCAAAAGGCUCUGGAAUCAUUGAGUGCUGUAUUCAUGAAGUUAAAUUGGAGUACUGAGCAGGCUUUAUGAUUGUCCAUGAUGACUAAUGCAUGUGCUAUGAUCCGAUGGACUAGCUCCACAACUAUUAUUAAGCUCCCUCACAUGCUAACAGUGUCACACUCAGCUGGUUGAUGACAGGAAUGGUAAGAUUAACAUUUGAAAUCGUGGGCUUAUUUUUUGGGUCCUGGUGGUCUGACAGAUAGAAAUGUAUCGGACAUGAUUAAAACUUUGCACAUCAAA